AUGAGGAUUUAUGGAAGAGCGCCUAUUCGCAGAGCAAUUGCUGCUCAUUCUUUAGCUGAUCCGUUCUCUUUCUCUUGUUUAAAUUAUCAUAGCGUGCGCCACAAAGAUACACUUUUUUCACCUAAUUUCAAAAGAGAUUUGAUCUGUGAAAGCGAAGUAGAUGAAGCUAUUUUCUUGUUUCGCAAAAUGUUGAGAAUGCGGCGGCAGCCCUUCGUUUUUGAAUUCACCAAACAAUUGCAAGUUAUUGUCAAUUUGAAGCAAUACUCGGUUGCCCUUCAACUGUUCGAUGAAAUGCGUCAAUCAGCUGCCCCUGUAAAUGAGUACACGAUGACCAUCUUGAUUAAUUGUUGUUGCCUUUUGAAACGCGUAGACUUUGGUUUUGCGGUCUUCGGCAUCUUCUUUAAACAGGGCUACAAUGCAAAUGUUGUGACAUUCACCACUCUACUAAAAGGGCUCUUUCUAGAUGGUAAGGUGGCCGAUGCGGAAAAAUUGUUUAAGCAGCUUUUGAGUUCGAGACUUUGUGAGCCUGAUGAUUUUACAAUUGUCACUGUGGUAAACGGGCUCUGCAAAAAUGGACAUGUUCUUGCUGCGCAUGAUUUGCUUUUGUUAUUGGAAAAGACUAUCUAUAAACCCAAUGUUAUGGCUUAUAAUGCGGUAAUUGAUGGCUUAUGCAAGUGCCGAAUGGUGGAUAAUGCACUUGAGCUCCAAUCUAGAAUGAUUGAUAAGGGCAUUUCGCCCACCGUUGUCACAUAUGGCUCGAUGAUUCAGGGCUUGUGCGAUUUCGGUAGAUGGAAAGAGGUGAAACACUUACUAAAUGAAAUGGUGGAUCACAAGAUUUCGUUAGAUGUUGUUACUUUUAGUAUAUUGGUGGACGCUUUUUGCAAAGAAGGAAAUAUUAAAGAGGCUGAGGAUAUUUUGGAAAUUAUGAAACAACAAAAUAUUAGUCCCGAUAUUUUCACUUACACUGCACUGAUAGAUGGGUAUUGUUUGCAAGGGAAAAUGGAUAAAGCGAAAGAGGUAUUUGAUUCCAUGGCGAGCAAGGGGAUUAAGCCAUCUAUUAUGAGCUACGGCACUUUAAUAAACGGAUAUUGCAAGAAGAGAAAAGUGGAUGAAGCUUGGCGUCUUUUUCUUGAAGUUUCUUCUGAAGGCUUAGAGCACACGACAGUUACUUAUAAUACCAUGAUACAUGGAUUACUUAGUGAAGGCAGAUUUGCAGAUGGAUGGAAACUUUUCAACGAUAUGGAAGCUCGGCACGUACAUCCUAAUUUAUGUACUCACAAUAUUUUGUUGGAUGGCUUGUGCAAGACUCAUCAGAUUGCCGACGCAUUUUCGUUUCUGAAGACGAUGGAAGAUAAAGGUUUAAAUCCUGAUAUAAUCACAUACGGUAUCUUGAUUAAUGGUUUGUGCAAAGAUGGGAAAAUUGAAGAUGCAAAGAAGCUUUUAAACGAACUUCCGACCAAAGGGUUGCAACCUAAUAAUAAAAUAUAUGGUGCCAUUUUUGGUUCGUUGUGUGAUGAAGGAUUUAUAGACGAGGCAAAAGAUGUGCUUAUAAAAAUGGAGAGAAGUGGUUGCGCACCGGAUAGCAUGACAUACAACAUCAUUAUCCAGGGUUUGCUAAAGAAGAAAGAGUUUGACAAGGCAAUCCCAUUCUUAGAGGAAAUGCACAAAAAGGGGUUCUUAGCCAACGCAACUACUUCGUCGAUGUUAAUUAAUCACUUGCAAGGAUAUAAAAACGAUGACGUUCUUUUAGAAAUGAUGAAGAAAGUUGUGCCGAAAAUUUUCAUGUCGUUUUUCGUUGGAAGCUAUUGUACUGCAUAUUUGAGCAAGAUUUAUGUCACCGUGCUCCUCGCCAGCCUGGCGGAGUUUCCAUGGGAGACGAAGCGCCUCCCAAUUCGAAGAGCAAUUGCUGCUAAAUCUUCUCCUAAUUAUGGUAUUUUUGCUGAUCCGUUCUCUUUAUUUUGUUCAAAUUUUCAUAGCAAAGAUAGACUUUUUUCACCUAAUUUCAAAAGAGAUUUGAAUUGUGAAAGUGAAGUAGAUGAAGCUAUUUUAUUGUUUCGCAAAAUGGUGAGAAUGCGGCCGCAGCCCCCCAUUUUUGAAUUCACCAAACAAUUGAAAGUUAUUGUCAAUAUGAAACAAUACUCGGUUGCCCUCAAACUGUUCGACGAAAUGCGUGAACUGGGUGCCCCUGUAAAUGAGUACACAAUGACCAUCUUGAUUAAUUUUUGCUGCAAUUUGAAGCGUGUAGACGUUGGUUUUGCUGUCUUCGGCAUCAUCCUUAAACACGGUUACGAGGCAAAUGUUACGACAUUCACCACUCUCUUAAAAGGGCUCUUUUUAGAUGAUAAAGUGGCCGAUGCGGAAAAAUUGUUCAAGAAGAUUUUGACUUUGAAACUUUGUGAGCCGAACGAUGUUACGAUUCUUACUGCGAUAGAUGGGCUCUGCAAAGCUGGACGUGUUCAUACUGCCCAUGAUUUGCUUUUGUUAUUGGAAAAGACGAUCUAUAAGCCCAAUGUUAAGGCUUAUAAUGCAGUAAUUAAUGGCUUAUGUAAAGGCGGAAUGGUGGAUGAUGCUCUCCAGCUCAAAUCUAGAAUGAUUGACGAGGGACUUUCGGCCACUGUUGUAACAUAUACGUCGAUGAUUCAGGGCUUGUGCGAUUUCGGUAGAUGGAAAGAGGUCAAAGACUUAUUAAAUGAAAUGGUCAAUAACAAGAUUUCCUUAAAUGUUGUUACUUUUAGUAUGUUGGUGGACGCGUUUUGCAAGGAAGGAAAUGUUAAAGAGGCUGAAGAUGUUUUGGAAAUUAUGAAGCAACAAAACAUUCGUCCUAAUAUUUUCACGUACUCUGCGUUGAUAGACGGAUACUGUUUGCAAGGGAAAAUGGAUAAAGCGAAAGAAGUAUUUGAUUCUAUAACAGGCAACGGCCUUAAGCCAUGCAUUGUCGCCUAUAACUCUUUAAUCAACGGGUAUUGCAAGAAUGGUAAAGUGGAUGAAGCUUGGCGUCUUUUUCUCGAAGCUUCUUCUAAAGGUUUAGAGUACCUUGAUACAAUUACCUAUACCACCAUGAUACAUGGAUUACUAAGUCAAGGUAGAAACGCUGAUGGAUGGAAACUUUAUAAAGAUAUGGAAGCUCGGCAAGUAAAUCCUAAUUUACGUACUUACAAUACUUUGUUGGAAGGCUUGUGCAAGACUCGUCAGAUUUCUGAAGCGUUUUCAUUUCUAAAGAUGAUAGAAGACAAAGGAGUAAGUCCUAAUAUAGUCACAUACGGUAUCCUGAUUAAUGGUUUGUGCAAAGAUGGGAAACUUGAAGAUGCGAAAAAGCUUUUAAACGAACUUCCUUCCAAGGGGUUGGAACCUGAUAAUCACAUAUAUAAUGUCAUUAUUGGUUCACUUUGUGAAGAAGGGUUCGUCGACGAGGCAAAAGAUUUGCUUAUAAAAAUGGAGAGAAGUGGUUGCGCACCGAAUAGCAUGUCAUACAACAUCAUUAUUCAUUGCUUGUUGAAGAAGAAAAAGUUGGACAAGGCAAUACCAUUCUUAGAGGAAAUGCACAAAAAAGGAUUCUUUGCCGACGCAUCUACUUCGUCCAUGUUAAUUAAUCACCUGCAAGGGUCCAAGAAAGAUGAUGUUCUUUUAGAAAUGAUGAAGAAAGUUGUUCCGAAAAUAUAAAUUAUUUAUUUUCGGCUUGUCGAGUUUAAUUAGGUUUUUGGAAUGUUGAAAAUGACUUGUUGUAUUAUGUAACCUAUGGUGGAUGUCUAUAGGAGUUACAAAAUUAUUAGUGUAUGUAAUUAGAGGUGAUAAUGGUGGAUGUUAAGGCUAUUCAUUCCCUUGUAACUCAUGACCUUUUGAAUGGUCUUCUUAUACUAUAAAAGGGAGACCAUUAUAUGGAGUUGUAAUACACUUGAAUAAGAAUACAAUACAUAUACACA